GAGACUGAACGGUUUAAUGCUUCAACACACCUUGGAUUUGUGUCGGGAAAUGUAAGAAAGCGAGAGAGAGCCCAAAGGCCUGCCCACACUACCAUCUGACUGCAAUGCAGCCGCACAGAAAUCAGUCCCAUUUCGUUUUGCCUUGUCCUGUCCCUGGCAGGAAAGCCCACGUCACAUGCAGCCACAGAAACUAAGCAGAUUGUUGCUGCCCUCCACGAGCUUGUCCUGCAGCAACCAGACCAGCUGCUUCCUUCUCUCGUGCAGCGUGACUCGCAGGCUGCAGCUGAGCCAGCGCCUCCAUGGCUGCAGGCUGAAAUCCGGGCAAAGGGUGGGGCAGGCACGAGCCACACCGCACAGCCGCUGCAGGGCACUGAAUAAUUCCCGCUCGCCUCCUGCGCAUGCGUUCUAUUUGGACGGGGGAGGGUGAACCCUCGGCUCCUGCCUCGCGCAUGCGUCUUCCCUGGACUGCCCCGCCUUCUUCCUCUGUCGCGCAUGCGCCGCAGCUCGGCGUGGACGCGCUCUGUCUGACCCUGUGCGGGCGGCAUGUCGCCGCUUCUCGCGCUGCUCCUGAGGCAGCUGCUGGCCGCGGGGCUGGAGUCGCCGGCGGGGAACGCGUCCGGCCUGCCGUGCAGCCCCCACGCAGAGCACUGCUGGACCCCCCGGCACGUCCGCAGCCUGCCCCAGGAGCGCUUCUGCGAUGGCCGCCCGGACUGCCCGGACCGCGCGGAUGAAUCAGCGGAGACCUGUCUGCACCCGGGAGUCCCGCCUGCCCCUGCCUGCCCCUGCCUGUUCCAGUGUGCCGAGGGGGCCGAGUGCUUCCCAUCCGCCUGGGUGUGUGACGGCCACGCGGACUGCGAGGAUGGGCAGGAUGAGCGGGAAUGCGGGCCCGACUCCCCUGGGACUUCCCUGGCGCCGAGCACUGCCAGGACAGAGAAUCCAGCGAUCUCCAAACCUGGGAAACCUGUGUUGUCUAAGACGCGAGGCCCCUUGUGCGUGAGAGCUGCUUUUGUGCUCCUGAGCGUGCUGGUGGCUGCAGGCUGCACUGUUAGAUGGGGCCAAUUCAGAGGAAAGAACAACUUCUCCAUCUUCAGCCUCAAGAAAGCUUCCAAAGAGCAGCUAGCGCUAGACAGGAGACCUUCGGACUCGUUUCCUUGAUGGGAAGUUGCAGUGCUGUAAGUUGGGACCUAGUGCGGUGGUCCUCAUCACACUCCCCCCAAAUGCUGAUUGCACAAUUUCUGGGACAAGUUUUCUGGGGUUUGACUGGGUGACAGUUACACUGGAAUAAUCAAGGACUCUUCCUUUGGCACAGGGAGUUUAGAUUGUGGGAUUAUAGUGGCAAUGGGGAAUCAGAAAAAUGAUUGUCACUCGUGCUCUAAAAUCAACCCUACAAGAAUGUGAUGGAAACGCUUGGAAUAUCACAACGGGUCAUCCAUUUCUCCCAUUGUAGACACAACUCUUCUUCCCCCCCCUUCUCCUCCCCCCCCUCCCCCAAUGUGGGUUAUUCCACAAGAUACUACUUGCUGGAAUAGCUCUGGCCAGUGCACUAUGUAGCCUCUGCAGUACGUUUGUCUGCUCUCCCUUCCAUGUCCAGCCGGGAGUCCACUGAAAACUACCUCUUCCUACCAUGCCAUAUCUUGCCUGUAAGCAUAGCUGUUUGCUCCUGUUCCAGGGUAGGCCGUUCCAUUCUACACACCUGUGAAGGGCCAAGCUCAAAGUGACAUGGGUAUAUAAUUUAUAUCCCCGAGGAUACUGCUCAUAUUUGUAAGCCAUGAGCUCAAACUUCAUGUACCAGAAGCUCUUAAAACAUCAUUGACUGCAGGAGAACUGUCAAGGAGAUGGAAAAAUGAAGAGUCUCCUGUAUGCUUCGCUUUGCAGUGGCCCCUAGGCACAGCACAGGCCAUUCUGGACCUGAGUGUUGCUUUUACCUGUGAGUAGUCUUGGUCUCAAAGGUCAGCUAGUAGCUGUGCCUUCGUUUCAGAUCUUGGUCAGUACAACAUUUUUUCAUGAACUGUUAUUAAAGAAGUGUAAAACACUAGUACUGUAGAGAAAACGGUUCCAGUGUAGAAACCUGGUGCUGGUGGAGGGUGAGCACUGUCUUGUCCCUUUAAUCUAUUGUUGACAUUCAAGACCUAUUGUAUUAUUUGCACAGAUGCUUGCUCAAUACAUGCACAGAUGGUAGAAGCUUGCUGCCCUGUUGGCUGAAUGUGAUGCCUUACAGGUGGUGGUUCUGCUUGCAGGGCAUACACUCCAGCCAGCAGCCUCCGAGGGCGGGAAUCCCUGGGGGUUUGUAUAGUGGGUACAUGUGCAUACGUAAUAUGAGAGAGUUUGUAAGAGGUAUGACAUAUUUAGAAUCUUGGCUCUUCCCAGCAUUGGAAUAGAGCACUAGCGCGAGGCUGAACCCCUGAGGGCUCAAUGUGCUGCAUUCUGUACAGUGGACAAAGAACCACAGUUGGCAAUUGGGUGGGUGCUGAAUGACCAUGGGGGAAUUAAAGAUCUUUUGAUGGCUUCCUGGA